GAGCUUACGUGCAAGUGCAACGAAUCGAGAGUGCAACUUUAUUCGCUCACUGCGUAGUGCGUUGUGUGGUUUAAUCAUGGACGAGCUACUAAAAAACAAUGAAUUAGAACAUUUGAUUGAAAAUUUCAAAGAAGAGAAGAUAACACCGGAUGUCCUUCUACAACUCGCCGAUUCUCACAUAGAAAAGUUGUGCCCAGCAAUUGGAGAUCAACUACGACUCCGCCGUUUAAUUCACGCACUGAGUUCCGCGAAAAAGGUAUCCGUAUCGGAUUUAAAUUCUUUGGAUUAUCAAGAACAAGGCAAUGAACCUGAAAUUAUCGUUGAAAACAUAACACCUCUCAGAACGCCGCAAAAUCCAGUAAUAAUCCAAGAAAUAUUUGCAGAAGAACCGCCACAAAAAAUACCUAAACUAAAUGACGAUAUUUUGUUAGUUCUUAAUACGGAAUCAGGGCCGUCUACAUCUUCACUUACUACAACCGAAACUUGGACGUCAGGACCAUCUUCUUCUUCUCUUCUGACAACCGCUGAAUCUUGGACGUCUGAUCACGUAUUGGAAAGCGCUGAUGUUAAUAACAGUUUAAAUGACACAUUACAAGUCAUUAACUUAAAUUUGAAAGAGUUAUUACUUUCCAAUGCAUUAGGCAGAGUGCUCUUACUUAAAGGACAAAAAAAUAAAAAAUUAACUUUUGCGGACAGAAAUUGUUUAUCGGAAAUCAUUAUAUCAUAUUUUUUGAACAAAAAUAUUAAACUAGAUAACUCGUCAAUAUCUUGUCUAGCGGAAAAAAUCGUGGAGGUUUUUUCAGAUGAAAAAAGGGAGACCUACUAUGUAAGUCCAAUAACAAAAAGAAGAUCAUUGACUAACAAACCCAUCACCGCCAAAGGUAAACUAAUUGAUAAAUAUAGAAAUCGUACCUAUGCUUUAAAGAAAGCUUUAGGUAUUACAAAACCUACAGAGCAGCCACAUGAUAUAGAGAUUCCAUCAAGAGAAGCUGUUGACAGUCAGAUCUGGUUAAAACACAAUGUUGAACCCAGAGAUGAAGUUCUAGUGCAUUGGACCAAUUCGUUCAACAUUAGAGCCAAUCGCACGGCGUUAUCAAGCAUUGAAAAUUUCUUUACGGACUGGCCCAUUUUAGAAACACAAUGGGCACCGGACUUGGUGGAUUAUGAUUUUCGUCAAAUGUUUCAAGUUGAUAUUGAUAUUCAAGAAGCAUUCUUGACGUUUUUUGAUAGGUUGCUGGAAGCUAAAAGAAAGCAGCUAUCGGCAAUUGAUGCAACUUUACUUGAAUUAUUGAACACAGAAAUAACGCAAGAUUCCAAAAAUGCAAUAAAGAUCCAUCUAAUUUCAUCGCUAAUUCCACCUCGCAGCAGCACUAGAAUUAAACGUCAAGUGUGGAAACCGUCUUCAAAAGAAGCUCGUGAUGGUCUUCUUUUGCAUGUUUUAACACCAGCAGACCUUUCAGACGCAAAGCAGAAAAGAACAGAUUACUAUUAUAAUAAAGGUCUUACCAUUCAACCGUAUAUGGUCUUAGUUGGACCAACUUUAGGCAAUGUAAGUAGUUUCUAUGUGGUCGUGGAUAAUCAUACCUACAAACUAAGCUCUGUGCUAUCUGCACUUGACUUUUGUUUUAAAGUGCACCACGUAUUGGAUGCACAGUAUUCUUUUGAGUGCAGACAUUUGUGGUAUGUUAUUCAGUGGUAUGUGUAUAAUUUAAAAACAAAGAAUGAUUUAAAAAUACCUUAUGUUCAAAAUAUUUUUUAAGUAUUUUCUAUAGUAAUUACAAUUUCAUAUAUUUUUUAUUAGAAUGUAAAUAGCGUUUAAAAAAGUGUUUCGAAUAUGUAUCUAUAAUCUUGAAAUCUAUAUUUUGUAUUGUAUUAGAUUGGUUAUAAGUCCAGUGUUGUCAUUAGCGUCAUUAUGGAAUGUUUUAAAUGUUUGAAAACAUUUACUAGCGGUGAUGUUUUAGUGUCCCAUAUUAAGCUUACACAUCCUUUUUGUGAAAGGUACGAGUGUAAAAAAUGUAACAAAUCUUAUCCACUUUUAGACAGACUAAGAAAACAUUUCAGGUUUGAGCACAAACAUGAUUCACAUAAUGUACCUAAAACUAAUUUUGAAGACGAUGCAUGCACCUCUUCCCAUCUAACCGAAUUUUUAAACAGUAGCAAAACUGAAGAUAUUAUCAAUAAUAGUCUAGCAAAAACCACUUUGUCCGAUUUUCAAACGAAGAUUAUCACAAUGAUUGCUCAACUUUAUAAUAUACCUUCACUUCCUCGUAAUAUUUUACAAAUGAUUAUAGACUUUUUUAAAGAAUUACUAAAUAGUGCUUUUUCAUAUAUACAAUCGAAUUUUCGUAUAAAUGAUGAUACAGAAUUUUCUUUAAGCGGUGUUAAAUGUUGUAAUUUAUUAAAAUUAUUUGAAGAAAUUGAAUUAGUAUUUAAUGAAUUUAGAUCAGAACAUUUAAGAUUUAAGUUUUUUACCAAGACAAGUUCUUAUAUUAAACCAGAAUCUUUCUUUAUUUCAGAAAAAUCUAUACCGCAUAGCAGUGCUGUAACACCCACAAUGAUUUUUCAAAGAGUAGAAGGACAAAAAAUUUCUUUAAGAUUAAUGUUACAAAAAUAUUUAGAAGUACCCGGUGUUUAUGAGACUAUUACGUCCUAUAUGGCAGACGAAUGCUCUCAGACUGGUGAUAAUAUCACAAGUAUUUUUCAAGGGAAUGUUUGGAAGCAAAUGAAGGUACACCACAAAGACAAAAACAUGUUUCCUUUGUAUUUAUAUUUUGAUGAUUUUGAGUCGUGCAACCCUCUUGGGUCAAAAUCUGGAAUACAUAAAAUUGGUGCUGUUUAUAUUAGCUUAGCUGGUGUACCCCCUUUGUAUUCCAGCACAUUAGAUAACAUAUUAUUGGCCCAGCUAUUUUAUUCAUCAGAUAGAACUGAAUUUGGAAAUAAAAAAGUAUUCACAAACCUCAUUCAAGAGCUAAAAUAUUUAGAAACUAAUGGUAUAUGUGUUAGUACUAAAUCGGGAAAGUAUCAAAUAUAUUUUACGUUAUUUGCAAUUUUGGGUGACAAUUUAGGUCUAAAUGCAAUACUUGGUUUUAAUGAAAGUUUUAACUCGACUUACUUUUGUAGGAUAUGUAAAAUGUCAAAAGAUAUUACACAAUGUUCAUCAUCUCUCGAUAUGAGUUUAAUUAGAAAUCCUAUAAAUUAUGAAGAAGACGCCUCUUCUUUGUCAUUCGGAAUUAAAGAACCGUGCAUUUGGAAUGAAUUAUGUUGUUUUCACGUAACAGUCCAAAUUUCAUGUGAUGUAAUGCACGAUUUGUUGGAAGGGACUCUUAGGUAUGAAAUGGCAUAUAUAAUAAACAAAUUAAUUAAUAGAAAGUAUAUAACGUUACCACAUUUAAAUGAAAGAAUAAAAUACUUCAAAAUUUGUGAGGCAGACCGUGGAAAUCCAAUACCGGAAAUCAAAAAUGAGCAUUUGAAAAAAAAUUAUAUUACCAUGAGUGCAUCAGAAAUGUUAGCUUUCGUGACUUAUUUUGGUAUGAUCGUAGGUGAUCUGAUACCACAAGACGAUGAAGUGUGGUUGUUUUAUUUAUUAACCAAUGAAAUUGUUAAUAUUCUGUUUAGUAAGACAAUAUCAAAAAAGACAGUAGUAUAUCUUCAAACACUACUUGAAGAACAUCACGUAUUAUAUUCUGAACUGUUUAAUACAACACUUAAACCAAAACAUCACAUAUUACUACAUUACCCAUCACUAAUUCUGAAUAUUGGUCUUCCUACAAACUUAUGGACAAUGAGGUUUGAAGGCUAUCAUAAAAUAUUAAAAAGCAUUGCCAAUAGCAUUACCUCUAGAAAAAAUAUUUUACUGUCUUUGUCAAUAAAGAAUCAGCUCCGCUUGUCAUACAAAAUUUUAGCAAAAGAAGGCUUUUCAGCCAAUGUGCAAUACAAAAUUAUUAAUCCUGAGUUGUCAAGUAGUAUUAGAUCAAUUAUAAGGAAUACAUAUGAAAAUCUGUGUUUAGACGAAGCUUUUGAAGUUUCUUGGGUAAAAGUAUAUAAUAUUUUGUACAAGUGUGGAUUUGUGCUGGAAAGUUUUAUAGAUGAUGAAAAUAAUAAAACGUGUUUUUGUAGAAUUGAUCAAAUUUUUAUAAUCUCCCCUAAUUCUAGCGAUAUUGUGUUUUUUGCAUCACGGUUGCAUACAAUUGGUUACGACACACAUGUGCAAGCAUACGAAGUAUCUGAUGAAACUUUUGGUUCCAUUAUAUUACGUUACAGCGAGAUUUCUAAUAUAACACCGUAUAGUACGCAUCACUCUAGUGACAGAACUCUUGUGAAAUCUUAUUAAAAACCAAUUUUGGUGACAACACUGGACUUAUUUGUUUUUGUGUGUAUUUUAGUUUUAGUUUAGUUAUGUUAUUAUUAUC